AGGAUGUGUCAAGCGAGGAACAUGGACAAUAAAGAGUGGGCGAAGAUAGCAACAAUCCAAUCUCGAAUAUUCAAAAAAGGAAAAAAUCAACAUGACAUGUGUCUCUCCUGACAACAAAAAUUACCCAAUUUUGUGAAGUCAUAAUUUAAUUCAAAUCAAUGUAAAACGUGCCAAAUCCAUCUCCACCAUCCAUAAAAACGACGGUCUCAAAUCACCGUCACCAACCACCGCUUCCGUCGUCAUCUCCACCGUCCACCACCGCAACACUUCCAUUUCCAAAAGCAAUCAAAAUAUGUCCACUCUCUACAAUCCUCUAAUUUUCACCAUUAAAAACCCAAAAAUUACACUUAAACCCUAUACUUCUCUUCCUUCUUCACUUCCAACCCCUAAACUUCGUAAAUUCCUCAAUUUCUCCGUUCAAUCCUCAUCGAAUGACCCGGAAAAACCAAUCAUUACUGAUGAAUGGGGUGAUAAGUCGGAGCCGGAACCCGAACCGGUUACGAAGUUAGCGGAUUCGGAUCCUCCCAAGUAUGAGGAUGAGUGGGGUAAUGGUAGUCCCGGAGUUGAAGUGAGUUCUGGAGAAGAUGAGAAGCUUCUAGAACUUAAAAGGUGCUUGGUGGAUACAGUUUAUGGAACGGAUUUCGGGUUUCGGGCUUCGUCGGAGAUUCGGGCCGAGGCUUUGGAGUUCGUUUCUCAAUUGGAGGCAGCUAAUCCUACUCCAGCACCAACUGAAUCUCCUGAAUUGCUUGAUGGGAACUGGAUUUUAGUGUUCACUGCAUUUUCUGAGUUGUUACCUCUUCUUGCUGUGGGCAACAUUCCUCUGUUGAAGGUAGAAAAGAUUAGCCAAGACGUAAACACAAACAGCUCGACUAUAGAGAAUUCAACUUCAAUAUCAAGCCCUGUGGCCACCUUGUCUUUUAGUGCUACUGCCACUUUUGAAGUUCGAAGCCCCUCUAGAAUACAGGUUGAAUUUAAGGAAGGGAAUUUUAAGCCUCCAGAAAUAAAAUCAAACGUAGAUCUGCCGGAAACUUUAGAUGUGUUUGGACAAAAGAUAAGUCUCUCUCCAGUACAACAAUCUCUAGGUCCUCUAGAAAACGCUGUGGCAGGCAUAGCACGAGCUAUUUCUGGUCAGCCUCCUCUCAAGGUCCCAAUUCCAGGUGAAAGGACAAAAUCUUGGCUUCUCACAACAUACCUUGAUAAGGAUAUGCGGAUCUCCAGAGGUGAUGGUGGGCUUUUUGUGCUUGUUAAAGAAGGGAGUUCUCUUCUAUAUUAGUACAGAGAAUUGUUCAAAGCAUCGAAACGAAUCAACAACAAUGCAUAAAUUGAAGGAAGCAGCUAGUUGUAGAUCGAAAAAGUCAGGUUCUAAAGCGGCAAGUAAGAAGACGUUUGAUGAUUCCGGUCGACCACGUCUUCCGAAGAUAUUCAUUAUGAGUUUAUGUAUAAGUUGACAUAUGUAUAAUAAGACAUUAUACAUUAGCUAUUUCAUCCCACUAAUGUAUAAUGUAGGUAUUCUGAAAUAUAUUUCUAUAGGUUAUACAUUGACAGUUAUGAAAAAACAAACCGUUAUAAAGUAUUAAUUUUGUAUAAGGUGACAUUAUACAUUA